CUCCACCCUCGAUUAUUCAGGCUUAUUACGUGUGAGGACUAGUCCUGUUACGAGUAUGAAGCAUCUGGAGUAGGACUUUCUCCCUCCUACCAAUUCAUGAAGAAAAAUAAGACAUUGUUCUUUGCCUUUUACGCAUGAAUUUACAGACUACAAGCGCAUGCUUUACAACUUGAAACUUAUUUUCGGACGAGAUUCUACAGCCCCAUUGCAAAGACCUAAAACGAAAGAGGUUGGUGAUGAAUACAAAGUGAUACGGUGAUCCCAUGGCUCGCUCGCAUGACUAAUUAAUAUCAGUACUGUUUUUUGUUAUAAACUAUGGCAUUUAGAGCGAGAGCCUUGUACGACUUUAGUUCCGAAAAUCCAGGAGAGAUAUCGAUUACUGAGAACGAAGUUGUUACUUUGUACAGCGAACAAGAUAUCGAAGGAUGGCUAGAGGGAGCUAACAGCAGAGGGGAGACGGGUCUUUUUCCAGCCUCAUAUGUAGAGAUUCUAAAAAAUGAAUCAUCUGACAUAUCGUCCAACAACAAUGUCAUGUCGGCAGAUCAUGAUCAACCCCACUCCCCAUCAAGUGGAUAUGAUUCAUCAUACCAUUUCCAGUCCCACUCUCGUGCUGAGAACAUGAACGUUCCUAACCCCACCCACUCUGCUUAUCCUGUGCAAACUCCACAGCACCACAGUUACCAGACCAGUCAAGGUAGUGAUGAUGACUGGGAUGAUGACUGGGAUGACAGCUCGACUGUGGCGGAUGAAUCUGGAACGAUACAUGACAAUGAUGGAACUAGUUCCACAGCAUACACGGUCACUACCACGUUGCCUGAGAGACGCUGCAGUGCCCAAGCCAAAAGUUCAGCCACAGUGGGAAAAAACCUCAACAGGUUCUCAACCUUUGUGAAAUCAGGCGGAGAGGCUUUUGUGUUGGGCGAGGCGGCUGCCUUCGUCAAGGACGGGGACAAUAUCUGUGUUGUCAUGGGCCAAUAUGGGCCAGAGUGGCAAGAAGACCCAUACCCAUUCACCUGCUCCAUCGAUGACCCCACCAAACAGACUAAAUUCAAAGGCAUGAAGAGUUACAUGUCAUACAGACUGACUCCCUCCCAUACCCAGAGCCAGGUGAAUAGAAGGUACAAGCACUUUGAUUGGCUCUAUGCCCGCCUAGUCGAACGAUUCCCUGUCAUAUCAGUCCCCCAUCUGCCUGAGAAACAGGCCACGGGGCGCUUCGAACAGGACUUUGUCUCCAAACGCAGAAAAGGUUUAAUAUGGUGGAUGAACCACAUGACGAGCCAUCCUGUCCUGGCCAGGUGUGAUGUCUUCCAGCAUUUCCUCACCUGCCCCAGCACAGACGAGAAGACGUGGAAGACAGGCAAGAGAAAGGCAGAGAAGGAUGAGUUGACUGGAGCUAACUUCUUCCUGACCAUCUCCACCCCGGCCGUUCCACUGGACCUACAGGAGGUAGAGAGCAAAAUAGACAGUUUCAAAGCCUUCACCAAGAAGAUGGAUGAGAACUGUCUGGUAGUCAACGCUACCAUCAACGAGUUUGCCAGGAAGCAGAUCACCGGCUUUAAGAAAGAGUAUCAGAAAGUGGGCCAGUCCUUCAAACUGCUUGGUCAAGCCUUUGAGAUGGACCAACAGGCCUAUUCUGUAGGGCUGAACCGUGCCAUAGCAUUCACAGGAGAGGCCUACGAGGCUAUAGGAGACUACUUUGCUGAGCAGCCCAGACAGGAUUUGGACCCCAUAUCGGACCUGCUGGACCUGUACAAGGGACACCUGGCCAACUACCCUGAUAUCAUACAUGUUCAGAAAGGUGCCCUGACCAAAGUGAAGGAGUGCCAGAAACAGGAAGGGGAGGGAUCAACCAUCAACGAGCGUUGUAACAUCAUUUCCUGCGCCACGCUGGCUGAGAUCCAGCACUUCCACCGCACGCGCGUACGUGAUUUCAAGAGCCAGAUGCAACACCACCUCCAGCAGCAGAUCGGCUUCUUCCAGAAGAUCACUGGGAAGUUAGAGGAGGCACUGCAGAAGUACGAAGAAGAUAUAAUAUAAGGCCCCGAAAAAAGGAGGGUGGAUACAGAGAGCAGGGGGGGGGGGGGUGAUAAAUAAAGUGCCCGGAAGAGAGAGGGCACUUGAAUGACUUGUUCAGUUUUCCAUGACAAGAUUAUUCAUCCAUUCUACAGUCGGAAGUGAGUGGAUCUUUGCAGGUGAUGCAGUGACAGAUGGGAAAUGGGGGAGAAAGAUACUGAAGAUACUCCUUCAUUGACAGUGUUGUUGUCCACAAAACUUGAUAAUUUAGUCUAGCAUGACAGGAUAUGUUAAAUCAUCACAUACAAUAAGUGUUACUUCAGAAAUUAGUAGAAUGUCUUCAAUAAGGAAACUGUAUAGAAUUGCAAUCAAGACAUGUUUAACCUGUUGCAUUGAAUCCCCCUCAUUUGCCUUUUUCUCUGAACAAAUAUAACAUAAUUUCAGUCUCUUGGCAAAUAUGAGUAACAUGUCUCUUUUUGUGUGUGUGUGUGUGUGAGAUCAUAGAGAGGCCAACCAAGGGGGGAUUGGUAUUUCAAUAUCCUGUUGUAGUUUCUGAACCUCAUUAUUUGAGACCUCCCAGAGAGCUCUGUGCCAGGAACAAGCUUGCAGAUUCUAGAACACUGGAGGAGAACAGAACGCCUGAUUUUCCGUUCCUUCUUAUUGUUCCCAACGGAGAGGGAGGAGGGAGGCACAAAGAACUCAGCCAGAAUAAUACUGUAAAUUAUGUCUCUGUGGGAUUCCCUGAUGUCGAAGGACAAUUUUGAAAUGAAAUCCUUCCUCCUACACACGGACUGUAUGUGAAUUUGACGAUUGAAGGACCAUUGAUUGGUAUCCUCCCAAAACACAGUUGUUGGAUGAUAGCCAUAAGUCUAAUGUAUGUAAGUUAUUUUACAAGGUUGACUGGGGUAGCACACAUCGCCUAAUACAUGUAGAAGGGACCUUUAUCACAGUAUAUUCACUUGAUCACACAAAGUCAUUUUUCUCAUGUUUGCCCGGUCUACAUUCAGUGGACAGCAUGGCUGCAAUUCGGGUAGUAUUACCAGGCCCACUGUUAUUGAUAUAGGACACCAUCUCUUGUCCUCUCCCAAUAGGUCAAGUUAUUCCUCCUCCACUGCGUUCAUUAUUUAGACUAGAUUCCUUUUCCACUAGCUCUGGGUCAAGCUACAUUUGAAACACUUUAAGGGAUGUAAAUGGUUUGUUGUUGUUGUUAACACACAGCUAUAUUGCUGAACUGGGUUUUCUGUAUUUGAUCACCCAGGUCCAGUGCUUGACUUGGGAUGGAAGAAGUGCAGGAUCUGUCUUUUUCCAAGUCGGUUCAUUAGACUAUGUUCACCGAAAUUCACAAAUGCUAUGCUAUAGAGACCUCUGAUAAUUUUAAGGGUUCAUACACAUUUUCCAUGACUCUCUCUCUGGCCCACUCGCACUGCAACACACAGACGCACUGAAGGGUCAUUCCGAUGAUGGCUGAUAUGUCGAUUUUUAAGUGAUUGAUAAUAUUUAAGUGUGCUUUCAUGAAUUACAUUAACAAAAAUUAUGAAA